AUGAGCUUCACCGGCCUUGCUCCGCCACCGUUUUUCAUUUCGACGUCCGGCCGUCCGUCAUUGCCAUGGGAGCAGUGGGAGCAGAUGUUCAACGUGUACUUGCUGGCAUCCGGAGCCACCGCAUUCAAGCCGGAGCAACGCAAGACUAUUCUUUUGCAUUGUUUGGGGGUGGAGGGCCAGCGUAUUUAUCAGACGCUACAUGCAGGGACCAGCCCCGCAGCACCGGCCGCGCCAAGUGCCGCAGCACUCGCCGAUGACAAGUCUGUCGUGGCCCCUCCUGACCAAUACGACUCUGCACUCGCCGCAUUACGGCACCAGUUUUCGAGGUCGCGCAACGUUAUCAUCGAGCGUCAUCGCUUUCACCGCCGCAACCAAGACACAGGCGAGUCCGUUCAUGACUUUGUUGCCGCUCUACGGGAGCUAGCGUCACAUUGUUCGUUUGCCUCACAAGAUGCUGCUCUGCGGGAUCAAUUCGUUGCCAGCGUAGCUUCCACUCGCGUACGUGAGCGGUUACUGCUCGAGGGUUCCACACUUUCAUUCGAGAAUUCUGUUCGAAUUACACUUCAGUUUGAGCAGGCGGCUGAAUAACUAAAGGAGCUUUCUGCUUCGGUCAAAGCAAUUUCAUUGAGGCAGCGUCGAAAACCAUCGUCGCAUUCUUCGAAAAAAAGGAAUUCACAACCGGCAGCCACCUUAGAGCAGAAUUUAACGAGGAGCGCGGGUGGCUCACGUGCGCCGCAGCGGAACCGCCCCCCUCAGCGGAACAGAGAACAGAGUAGCCGCUCCGGCUCGCCGCUUUGUUUCCGAUGCGGCUCGCGGGACCACAUCGCGUCAGCGCCGCAGUGCCCAGCGCAUGGCAAGACCUGUUCGUUUUGCGCUCGCAAGCGCCACUUUCAAAAGCCGCUGUUUCCUGAGGCGCUACAGCCCGCCACGCCGCAGCCACUGCCUCCUGACAUGCUACAGCCUGCCAUGCCGCAGCCGCUGUCUCCUGAGGUGCUACAGCCUGCCACGCCGCAGCCGCUGUCUCCCGAUAUGCUGCAGCCUGUCAUGCUACAGCCUCCUUCUCUCAGAUCCGUGGUCACGCCUCGGCCUCCACUCAGCCAUGCCGAAGCCGUGGUCACACCUCAGCCUCUACCCAUCGCCAAUUUGUACGUGCCAACAUGCGCCUUUCUAGUAUUGCUUCAACCUGUGCUGCCCCCGUCCGUCCUUGAGAGUGGCACCACAUUCUGA